AUGAACUAUGCACUUCGACUACGUCUUGCCAACGUCAGCGUGUCUCUGGACGUAUUGCGUACAUGGGUGGAUAUGAGCAUCAUGAGAGUGGACUGGGACUUACCCCUGCGCUUCUUCUUUCCAUCCGUCCUUGUCGUGCUACUUAGUCUUGUACCUGCGGCGCUCUGGGCUGGUUCAAUGACACCAUCGGUAUCGCGUACCGUAGGCGGCGGCAUGCUUCUUAUACCCAGUUACGAAGACGUCUCGAUGAUCAAGGAAUAUCCGAUGAUGAUUGGCAGCUCAGGACCGUCAAUGCGUUCACAAAAAGGCUUCUUCACCUAUUCAGUUGGUCAACAACAAAGUAGUCAGCUUCUUGCAUCUGCAGCUCAAGCCUCUUCCUUUGGUAUGGAUUCGCAUGUCCACCGCAAGCUCGACAACACACGCUUCAGCUACCGAGGCCGUUCAUAUGGUGUCGGCGCAGCUGUCGGAUUGAAGGACCAAGCAAUCACCUCGAACAGCCAGAUUGCAGGGUAUAUCUAUGAAGAGGCGGGCUAUGUGGCAAACGUCACCUGCGCAUACAACGCAACUUCCAACUUUACUCUUUCCGGACCAGUCAACGAAUGGAUAUACGCAGCGUCUGGUAAUCUUCCAGAUAGCGAAGAGGGCCCAGAGUACUCAAACUACAUCGGCCACGACGGCAAAGCCAUUGUAGCAAUGGGUGUGGCAUAUAGUGAUCGCUCACCUCGUCGCUAUCUCUCUAUCGCAGCUGGCGAAGCGUAUUCCUUUCUCAACACCACGCAAUGCGAAUUCGACUUCACGCCUACACUGUUCAACGUUACCGUCGAUGUUGGGAACCUUAGCAUCACAGUGAAGCCUAUACGGACAAUACCCGACUUCAAUCCUCAGCGCAACAUCACGCGAACUGUUGUACGGCAGUACGAGCUCAUGUCCAAUGAUAUGACAAAUCUAUACGUCUCUCUUCUUGGCGAAGCGUUCAACUCCAGCAUCGCAGCAUACAAGAUGUCACGUGCGUCUGCCACCAACCAAACAAUCGACGCAAUUCCCCAAGAAGAAGCCACACUUGCCGGUCUCACAAACAGCAUGGUCGCCAUGGCCGACGACAUGUUAGUAGCGUACGCAUCUGCGCAACUGAUGGUCGGACGCAUGUUUACACAGCAGCCAGCAAAGGUCUACGUCUACGCCCUGCAAUUCGGUCAACCUAGUUACAUCUACGCUAUCUUUUCUCUCAACCUUGUCAUCAUUAUUGCAGUUGUGUGCGAAGCUUUUCGCACGACUGGCUGGUCUAAUUUGGGCCGCUUCAAUUACCUCGAUCCUCGCGAUCUUAUCAUCGCUGCAUCGCGGGGUGGGGGUGAUAUCGCAGCUGCAGCAGACGAUAUUAUGGAGCGGAGGGAAGGAAAGAGGAUGAGACAUAUUUGGUUAUUGAGCGACCCUGAUGAGGGGAACGGGUCUCUCAUUGUUAAUCUGAGAGGAGAUCAGAAUGGGCAUGUUAAGAUCGAAGUGGGGGCUGGACAGUGUGAGAAGGAUGCAGUGAGGGACGUCGAUAGCGAAUAUCCGGCGGAUGAGAAGACAAUGUAUACGGAGCCAGGAGUUGCGGCGGAGAGAGGGCCGCUGACGCCUAAGACGCCGAUGAAGAUGAAGGUUGGCAUUUUUGGGUCCAAGUAG